CACCACAACUGUCCGCGACGCAUCAGGUGGUGAGAUGAUGGAAGAGAAUGAGGACCAGCCGGACGGACUGGGGUCACGUUUCAGCCCGCAGAAGGAAAACGACGAGGGAAGCGGCUUCAGGCUACACAUGGUCACAUGGAAUGUAGCCACAGCUGAUCCUCCAGAUGACGUAUCGUCCCUUCUCCAUCUGAACUCCCCCACGUGUCCAGACAUCUAUGUGAUUGGUCUCCAGGAGGUGUUUUCAGGUCCAGUAAGGUUCAUAUCAGACAUGGCAUUUGAUGAUCCAUGGAGCUAUCUGUUUAUGUCCACCUUAGCACCACAGGGAUACUUCAAGGUGUCCUCCAUCAGGAUGCAGGGUCUGCUGCUGCUGUUCUUCUCCAAACUGGAACACGUCCCAUUCAUCAGGAACAUACAGACCACCUACACGCGCACAGGCAUUUUUGGUUACUGGGGUAACAAGGGUGGGGUGUCAAUCAGUCUGUCCUUCUACGGCCACACGCUGUGUUUUCUAAACUGUCAUUUGGCGGCUCAUAUGAAAUACGCCACUGAGCGCGUGGAUGAGUUUGAGUACAUCCUGGACACACAGACCUUUGACUCUAUAAAGGCUCCGAGGGUCCUUGACCACAGGCUUCUCUUCUGGUUUGGAGAUCUCAACUUCCGAAUCCAGGACCACGGCAUGCAUUUCCUACGAACCUGUAUCAACAACCAGAACUAUAGCCUGCUGUGGAGCAAGGACCAGUUGACCAUGAUGAAGAAGAAAGAACCCAUGCUUCAAGAGUUUGAAGAGGGAUCUUUGAACUUCCAGCCCACAUACAAGUUUGACUUAAACGCUAAUACAUAUGACAGCAGUGGGAAGAAACGAAAGCCGGCCUGGACCGACCGAAUUCUGUGGCGUCUCAGAUCCGAGGCCCCGACCACUGAGGAGAAGGACAAAGACAAGGACCCUGGAUUGGCUGAGAAAUUAAACCAACAGGAAGAAGCCGAGGAGUACCCUCUGAAGAUCAGGCAGGACUCGUACACCAGCAUCAUGGAGUAUGGCAUCAGUGACCACAAACCUGUCUUAGGCAUCUUCACCCUGGAGUUGAGGAAGAUGUAUGAGACCCCUCUGGUGCGCCUGCAUGCAGAGGGUGACUGGAGUGCAGACAUGGACGCCAUGGUUAUCUACUGCCCCCUGCAGCCCUUCGCCACCAGUUCAUGGGACUGGAUUGGACUCUAUAAGGUUGGCUUCACCUGUGUGUCAGACUACAUCACCUAUACCUGGGUCAAAGAUGAUGAAGUUCCCUACAAUGAAGAGCUUAUACAGGUGUAUGUUAGUAAGGAGGACAUCCCUGUGCAAGGAGGAGAAUGUGUGCUGUGUUACUACAGUGGUACAUUUCAGUGCGUCAUUGGAAUGAGUGACUCAUUCAAGGUCCAUGAGUCCAAGGUAGCCAUUGAGGAGGGCCUAGUGCCUGAGAAAGUGAAUGGACUUGACAAGGUUACUGCCAGUUAAGACCACGGAGGUAACUUGUAAGUCCCACAUGUAGUGGGAUAUAGUGAUUAAUCUGUUGUGGCCUUUAUUUCCUGGAUUUCAACAGGGCCUGUGAUAACUAUAGUUUCAAUAUUUCUUGUAACUGAAAUCUAUCAAGGCUACAUUUUUUUCUUUCUAUUGAUAAACUUCAAGUCUGGUUCUCUACCCACAAAUGAAAAAUACGGUUAAGUCAGACUGAAAUGAAAGCAGGAAACAACUUCAUUAAAUACAAUUAUUGUUUUAUUUUUUUUAUUUUUUUGUUCAAGAUACUAAUUAUAGAUGAAGAAAGAUGAGAUUGGUUUAUGGGAAAGAAACUUGAAGGAAAGAGGGAAAAUGUUAUUGGCUGUGAUGUAGCUAUGAUAUGCCACUGCAGGGACAUUUGCAGAGGAAAUAUAAGGUAAAAGUACUCCUCUGUGCAAGUAAAGAGAACCGUAGCAGGAUUACAUGAAUGUGUUAUGUGCAGGAUGGGCAAAAUUAUUGUAAACGCUGCCUAUUACUCUGCCAUAAAAUUCUUUCACAUAAAUAUUUAAAUCCAAAUGAACACUUUAAAUUUAAGUUGUUACAUUUGCGUUAAUUAACCACAGUCAAUGAACUUAGAUACUUAAGCAGAAGUAUUAUAUGAAAAUAAAAGGAAAAAUAUAUAUUUGUAAUUAUAAAGGCAGAAAAUGCCAAAAAAAAUCUAAAUUUAUAUAUAUAUAUAAAAUUAACAAGUGCUUGUAAACACUGUCA